AUGAAGCCACAGCAGCCAAGCCUCUUGCUGUUCAGUCUACUGCUGGCAGUAAACAAUGCUGCCGUCACUUCCAACAAAGAUGCGCCAUUCGAGACAGAUUGCGGCUGCCGGUCGGUGCGACGCUCAUCUCGCAUCAUAGCCGGUGCCACCACCCAUGAGGGUCAAUUUCCUUGGCAGGCCUCUCUGGAGCUCCUGCAUCCCUCGCUAGGCUUCCUGGGCCACUGGUGCGGUGCGGUGCUUAUACAUCAGUACUGGAUACUGUCCGCCGCACACUGCGUACACAACGACCUCUUCAACCUGCCCAUACCACCGCUGUGGACAGUAGUGUUAGGUGAGCACGAUAGAGGAGUUGAGUCGGGCUACGAGCAGCGCAUCCCCGUCGAGAAGAUUGUGCUGCACCGCCGCUACCAAAACUUUCGUCAUGAUGUGGUGCUAAUGAAGUUGUCCAAGCCGGCAGAUCUGACCCACACCUCCAACAUACGACGCAUCUGUCUACCGUUUUUAUUCAAGGAUGAGCCGCCUGCUCCCCCCUCUUCAGGCGAGCUGGGGAACGAUGCACUCAGCCAGCAACUGGAGCUCGCAGAUGUACCAGAAAAGAUCGACAACUUCCUGCGCAGUGUACAGAGCCGAAGGCGCUACAGAAAUGUCACCGCACCCAGCAUGCGCGAGCUGAUGAACAUGAAGAUUCUUAGCCGGCUGAAGCAGGCGAUGGCACAACGCUCCGCUCGAAGUGUGAAGCGCUCGAGGCGGCGGAACGACAAGCUCAUGAAGCUGGGUCAGGAAUCGGGUCAGGACCUGGAACUCAGUGAGCCCAAGCAGCACAAACAUCUCGAGGAGACACAAGAGCUGCCCUUCAUUGAUUGUGUGGCCACAGGUUGGGGCAAGGCCAAUAUCAGUGGCGAUCUCUCCAACCAGCUGCUCAAGACUCAUGUGCCACUGCACCACAAUCGGCGGUGUAAGGAUGCCUACGGUAGCUUUGUCAACAUACACAGCGGUCAUCUGUGCGCUGGCAAGUUGAAUGGCGAAGGCGGCACGUGCGUGGGCGACUCGGGCGGUCCGUUGCAAUGCCGCCUUAGUAGGGACGGACCCUGGAUACUGGCCGGGGUCACCUCCUUCGGCUCCGGCUGCGCCAUCGAGGGCUUUCCGGACGUGUACACACGCACCUCAUACUACAUGAAGUGGAUUGAAGACACCAUUGCCUCACACUAGAGA